AUGAAUGCUGGUACGGGCAGGGCGGGCGUGAUAAGCGCCCAAGAUGAUGCUUCAUCUAUGGACAAGCUGGCGCAUGCUGUACUAGACGAUGUACUUUUCAAUGUUUUGAGCGAUCUAUUGAUGAAAACGCACCGCGAAGAGAAGACGGCUAGAGCCACUACUGCUGCCAUUCGAAUCGAGAAACUGGCGUCCGACGCGUCCGACAGUUCAACACCUGACUCAAAACCAGACGUGCGAAUUGAGACAGAUGCAGCUAUAUACGAGGAUGGAAAAGUGUUGCUCAAGGGCAACCCUCUCAAGACCACGGCUGAAAUUCUUUGCCCCCGAUGUCAUCUACCCCGACUCCUCUAUCCCACCGAUGGAAAAGGCGCUCAAAAUCCCGAUCCUGGUAUCAUAUACUGUAAAAAGCACCCCUAUAUUGAUAAACCCGGAUGCGACAUCUAUGGACAGAGUUGGGUUGGGCCCGGGCCUGGUCGAGGCAAGAAGAAGAAGGACAUGGAAAAGAACAAUAGCGACUCUCCUAUGCCUGAACAGCGACCUCCCAACGUGCUCUCUUUUCCAUCUGCUACCUGCAGCAAGUGCAAGCGCUGCAUUCUCGUCACUCGCCUCAAUAACCACAUGGGUUCUUGCAUUGGAAACAGCGGUCGCAAUGCCAGCAGAGCUGCGGCGCAGAAGUUGAGCAACGGCGGAUCUCAGAACGACCCUACACCACCUUCAUCACAGAAAGCGACACCUGCGCCUGGAUCUCGUGCCGCUAGUCCCAAGAAGCGGGAUGCCAGCGAGGAGGACGAAGAUUCUGAAAACAGUCACAAGAAGAAGAAGCUCAAGCAUACUUCCUCCGUCACCAAGAAGGUGAUUCUUAAGACUAAGCCAAACCUCAAGAAGGAUAAGACCAAGGGCCUGUCGUCUUUGAGCCAGGAGCAGAAGGCUGACUACACCAAUGGCGAUUCAGUGGAGGUGGCUCCUAAGAAGGUUGUGUCUAAGGGCAUCAGUCCUGUUAAGAAGCUUAAGAUGAACAAACCUCAGCUAGGAUCGCCCAAGCCCAAGUCUAAUCUCAUACGUGAGGCCACGGGAGAGUCGGAAUCUUCCGAUACUCUCUCAUCCCCUCAAUAG